CAUCCUAUCCCUCUCAAAAGAACUCAUCUUACACCAAUUAGAAAACACAAGAGAAACACAUUAGCGUGAUGGCGUGUUGUAAAACCUGUGUUCGUUAAUGACAAAUCGUAUAGAAUCGAGUGCUUGUCAAUUCUCUAAUUUAUACCUCGUCCAAUCAAUAGCUUCUCCUUCUCACUGCACGCUCACCUCCUUCACCUCCCCCACUCGCGCCAUUCGCGUCGACGCCGCUGGCCGGCGCGGCGAGGCGGUGCAACAUGGAUCGUCUCCUGCUCGCGCCGUCUGCGGUGGCGCUGCUGGUGGUUGCCUCGGCGUGGGUUCCGGCCGCCGCUGACCCGCAGAUCACGCUGCUCAACCUGGGGUGCAGCCAGUACAACGCGACACCGGCCGCCGCCUUCCUCGCCGCCCUCAACGCCACCUUCGCCGUGCUCCGCGCCAACCUGUCGUCGGCUGGUGGCGGUGGUGGCUUCGCCACGGCGGCCGAGCCGCGCGCCGCCGCGCCGGCGUUCGCGAUGGCGCAGUGCCGCCCGUACGUCGCGGGGGCGGGCAGCUGCGCCGCGUGCUUCGACGCCGCGGCGUCGCGCCUCCGCGCCAGGUGCGGCGCCGCCAACGGCGGGCGCGCCAUCCUCGACGGCUGCGUCGUGAGGUACGAGAGCGCCGCCUUCUUCGACGGCCCGGCCACGCUUCCCGGGAACACGCAGGUAUGCAACGGCACCGCCGUCGCCGACGGCUCUUUCGCUGGCGCGGCGCGUGGGCUCGUCGGUGACCUCGCGGCCGCCGCGCCCCGCGCACCGGGGCUCGCCGCGGCGGCCGCUCGCGGCGGCGUGUACGCGGCGGCGCAGUGCGUGGAGACGGUCGGGGAGGGCGGGUGCGCGCAGUGCCUGGCGGUGCCGGCGAGGAACAUCGAUGGGUGCCCGCCGGACUCCGACGGCCGCGCCGUGGACGCCGGCUGCUUCAUGAGGUACUCCGACAAGCCGUUCUUCCCGGCGAACGCGACCAUAGAUCUGGCGCCAUACUUGCGAUCACCUGGGAAAUCAAAUCACAAAGGAGCCAUCAUAGGAGGAAUUUUAGGAGGUGUGGCAUUCCUGCUCCUUGGCCUAUUGGCACUCUUCUGGACCAGGCAGUCUAAGAAGCCGUUGAAGCCUCGUAGAGGAGAUAUUCUUGGAGCAACAGAACUGCAGGGUCCAACAAGUUUUUACUAUAAAGAUCUAAAGGUUGCAACCAAUAAUUUCAGUGAGCAAAGCAAACUUGGAGAAGGGGGAUUUGGAGAUGUAUUUAAGGCUUCGCUGAAAAAUGGGAAAACUGUAGCUGUAAAACGGUUAACAGUUAUGGAAACUAGCAGGGCCAAAGCAGAUUUUGAAAGUGAAGUGAAGUUGAUUAGCAAUGUUCAUCAUCGGAAUCUUGUCCGGCUUCUUGGUUGCGCAAGCAAGGGCUCAGAAUGCCUGCUUGUUUAUGAAUACAUGGCAAAUGGAAGCCUUGAUAAGUUCCUCUUUGGCGAGAAAAGUGUCGCCCUCAAUUGGAAGCAGCGAUUUAAUAUCAUUAUCGGCAUGGCUCGUGGCCUUGCAUAUCUUCAUGAAGAAUUCCAUGUGCGCAUCAUACACCGUGACAUUAAAUCUAGCAAUGUUCUUCUUGAUGACGAGUUUCAACCAAAGAUUGCUGAUUUCGGUUUAGCAAGGCUCAUACCUGAUGAUCAUAGUCAUCUCAGCACUAAUUUUGCAGGAACAUUGGGUUACACAGCUCCUGAGUAUGCCAUCCAUGGGCAACUCUCAGAGAAGGUUGACACAUACGGCUUUGGUGUAGUCACUUUAGAAAUAAUAGGUGGUAGGAAGCUCAAUGAUGCAAGGCUGGAGCCUGAUAGCCAGUACCUACUUGAAUGGGCCUGGAAGCUUUAUGAAGACAACAACUUGAUUGAAUUGGUGGACAGAUCAUUAGACCCAGAAGAAUACAAUCACGAGGAGGUGAAAAGAACAAUGGAGAUUGCCCUUCUGUGCACUCAAUCGGCUGUCACAUCACGUCCAAUGAUGUCGGAGGUAGUUGUGUUGUUGCUGACAAGAAAUGCUCUAGAGUUCCAGCCCACGAGACCGACUUUUAUCGAUGCAACUCGUAGAGUGCCAGGUGAAACAUCAACCUCCAGUUCAUCUUCUGCAUCCAAAGCUACUGUUUCGAUAUCACAACUUUCAGCCAGGUGAAAGGUGUUCUAAAUAAAUGUGCUUAUUUUGAUUGUGUGUAAAUGCUAUUUAUUUGUAUAUGUAUCUAUGUUCUUCACGUCAACAAGUGGAUAUUUACUUGUGAGUUGCACGUAGAACAUGUAUUCUCUUUUUUUUUUCUUCUCUCUUGUCCUAUUCAUAUAAUCGCGACUUGCAUGGCAUUUACCAUGUCUGUUCUGACACAAUUAUUUUGUGUAUGUUUGGAACACAUUUGAGUGAGAAUUUGAAAAAUAUUGCUUUGAUAUUUAUGGCAUCCUAGGUCAUGUGUUAUGAGCA